AAACCACCAUAUUCUUAUGCUACCUUAAUAUGUAUGGCAAUGAAAGAAUCUAAGAAAUCUAAAAUUACACUAAGUGCUAUUUAUAAUUGGAUAAGAGAAAACUUCAUGUAUUAUCGCAUCGCAGACCCAAGUUGGCAGAAUUCCAUUCGCCAUAAUUUAUCAUUGAAUAAAUGCUUUACUAAAGUUCCAAGAAAAAAGGAUGAACCGGGCAAAGGAGGGUUUUGGAAAAUAGAUCCAGCACACGCAGACAUGUUCGUAGAUGGUAUAUUUAGAAAGAGGCGG